UGCGAGAAGGGAGUGUGUGAUGAGUGAGGCAGGAGCCACCACUGCAACURGUCCCUUCAACUUUAMACGGCRAAGACUUGGACGAAAUAACGGGAUUUUAUUGCACUUAUUAUUAUUUUUUAAAUGUACAGUAGUAAAAGACAACUGGAUUGCGAAGUAGAUCGCUUAAGGAGGGACAUUUAGGAGGGAGUGUGCCUACAGAAGUAGUGUAGUUUGUAUAGACUAGCCCGUUAAGAGUUUGCUGGCUAUUUGUUUUGGAGCGCUAGACACUACAGAGUCAUUUGUUGAACUAUGGCGCUCAAGGCGAGGGCUUUAUACGACUUCAAUUCCGAAAACACAGGGGAGAUAUCAUUAAAGGAACAUGAAAUAGUGAGUUUGUACAGCGAACAGGACAUUGAAGGAUGGCUAGAAGGGUCCAACGGCAAAGGCGAGAGAGGUCUCUUCCCCGCGUCCUACGUCGAGAUACUGAUUAACGAUACCGCGUCCACGUUUAACAACAGCACAUCAGAGGAUACUUACCCGGGAUCCCGAUACGCCAAUAUUCCAACCGGAGAUUUCGGGGACACCUCAAAUAAAACAUUAAAUCAAAUUGAAAACUUGUCCAAAACAUCAACAUCGUCUGGGUUUACAGCGUCCUCRCCGCCUGCCCCAGCGCAGCAGCAGCGCGGUUACCAAGCCAGCCAGGGCAGCGAUGAAGACUGGGAUGAUGACUGGGAUGACACCUCGACGGUGGCUGACGAGCCCGGGGUUGUUGGGGGAAGUCACCAGGGGGACUUUGAUGGCAAUGGAUCGUCUACAUACAGCGUGUCAACAUCKUCUAUAUCCAGAAGUGGCAACGUUCAACAAGCCAAGAGCUCUGCCACGGUCAGUAGAAACCUCAAUAGGUUUUCAACAUUUGUGAAAUCAGGAGGRGAAGCGUUCGUKUUAGGUGAGGCAGCUGGGUUUGUGAAAGAUGGGGAUAAGAUAUGUGUUGUAACGGGACAAUACGGCCCAGAAUGGCAGGAAAACCCAUACCCCUUCGCCUGUACCAUCGACGACCCCACCAAGCAGACCAAGUUYAAAGGGAUGAAGAGUUACAUUGCCUACAAGCUGACGCCCACCCACACACAGAUCCAGGUAAACAGRAGGUAUAAACACUUUGACUGGCUCUAUGCCCGGCUGGUGGAGAAGUUCCCUGUCAUCUCGGUGCCCCACAUACCGGAGAAACAGGCCACGGGGCGGUUUGAAGACGACUUCAUCUCUAAAAGGAGAAAAGGGUUGAUAUGGUGGAUGAAUCACAUGACUAGUCACCCGGUACUGUCCAAAUGUGACGUUUUCCAGCACUUCCUCACUUGCAACAG